AUGCCAGCCGUUGCCGCCAAAAAAUCCAAAAUUUCCAAGUCGCCAAAGACACCAAAGGUGAAAAAGGUGAGUAUAACUAUUAUAUUAUUUUAUAGGCUUAGUCUUAGGGGGGGUAAUUAGGGUUAAGCUUAAAAUUAGGGGGUUUUGGGGAGUUGUAAUUUUUCGGGAUUUUUUAGAACCUUAACUCUUACGAACCUUGACUCUUUCGUUAGCUUUAGGGAACUUAUCUAGUUUUUUUGGCUAGGUUAGGGUCUCAUAGGAAUUUAUGAGAUCUAAUUAAGGCUUGAGGAACAAUGUAAAGUUAAAGUUUUUCAAAAGAAAAACUUUAUGUAACAUGAGCAAUGAUUUUAUGAUUUUGAGGUUCAAUAAAUUCAGGAUUUUUGGAUUAAUAUGAGCAAUUCUCUUGGAUGUAUACUAGGUUUUUGAAUAGUUUUGAAGACUAGACAAUUCUAUAAAGCUCUUCGAUUUAAGAAUUUAAAAUUGCGGAAAUCUUGAGCCUGAAAAGCCCAAACUCAGGUCCACUUCCAAUCUUAAACAAAACGUUUUCCAGGCUUCACCAAAGAAGGCCGCACCAAAGAAGGCUGCACCAAAGAAGGCCGCUCCAGUCAAAAAGGCCGCUCCAGCUAAAAAAGCGGCCCCGAAGAAGAAGGCCUCUCCAGCCAAAAAAUCGCCAGCCAAAAAAGCAGCACCAAAAAAGAAGUAA